AGCCAAGGUGAUUGAUUGGAGCAUCGAUGUUUUCUUAGUUGCAAGUGCGCGCGUGUAAUGCUCCUUGACGAAGCGUUGCGGCACAACCACAAAGAAGUGAUGCCAGCCUGAUGUCCAAGUAGCUACCUGAUCGGUACCAGCCUGGGUGGGACUCAGCGAUAGUGUCUGUUCACUCACAUCACCUCACCGGCCUCCAACUUCGUUGUGAACAUGGUGAGCCAACAGGACGUGGCAGCAGGCGUAAGUCAAUUGCCGUCGUUGCCAGCAAAAAGCGGCAGCCAGCAUGACGGCGAGUCGAGUCUACUUGCUGUUGGUAGCUCCACAGACGAUGCAAAAAUAGAAAGCACUCCUGCGCAGGAUUCCAUCCCAACGAGGAAAUCUCUGACAACCGGGAGUAGUGCAGCAGUUGCAGAAAGUAGCGGAAGUUCCUUCGCUUCGCACCCGGUCGGCUACACCAUGUCCAAGUCCUCGCCAUCAGCAUCGACCAGCAGCUCGGGAUCGCAGCAAGAAACGAGCCAGAGUAGUCGUACAGGAGGACCACGAAAUAGAAAGGGUGAUAUUCUUGUGUCCUAUGCGAGCUCGAAACCGUCGGACACUACAAACCCAUCUUCUUCCCUUGAGACUCCGGAAGCAGCAUCGUUCUCUCUGAAGUUUGCCGCGAAGAAAGCAGACGCUGCUGUCUCGUCACCGUCUGCUGGUGCGGGCGAAAAGGAUUCGCGGGUAAGCACGACAGGAAGCGCAGCUCCUGCAUCAGCAGUUUCGUCUUCCUCGAUCAAACGGGGAACAAGAAAAUCCGCAGACCUUGUCAACAUCGUCCGGGAGCUGGAACCAGGAGAAACUGCAAGCAGUGGAACUGGCGGAUACCCUAGUAGUUCGGCGAGCAGUCGGAUCGCCUCUUCAUCUUUUAUUGAAGCAAAUGACGGGGUUCUUUCGUCCGGCGAAAUCAAAGUCAUCUCGCAGAAGAUUUACAAGGAUACUCUAAUUCUUGCGGGUGACUCUUGCCAGAACAGCCCCGCCAAAACAACAAUCGAUGUUCCGAGGGAAAUGUCCUGGUUCCAGAAGCUCAGCAUCACUGGCAAGGCAGAGGCGAUUGUUAACCUUGUUACAGCUGUGCGGACGAAGUGGGGGGGAAACGGAGGCUUCAGGAAAAAAACGAACGAAAAAUUGUCAACGUCAUUACCCCCGAGAAUUGCAGCAAUGUUCAACGAUUUAUUCAAGAAACUCGGUGCUCGCUGGGGCUACACGUUCACAGACUCCGCGGGAGACCUUGCUACUGUAGCCGGUCGUUACAUAACAGACUGGGAAACUGUUCGCAACCCCGUCCAGCUAGAGGAUCUGAAAAACAAAGCAGUCCUUGCCUUCAGAGGAGACUUAUCCAUCAGCGAUCCCUUAAAAACUACCGGUACCCAGCAGUCCUCGUUGAUCGAAAAAGGUGCGGCGCUACACGAGCCGAAGCAAACUUUUUACGACGGAAUGCGAAGCGCCGCGGAGCCGUUCCACGCCGAGAACGUCGUAGACGAGACGGUUCGCGAUGACGCAACCAAGGGCACUUCGGCGAACGAUAAGGAUUCAGAACGUACCAAUGAUGGGGCAAGUGUAGUUGACGAUGCUGGAGGCGCUGGUCACAGUGAAAAAGCUACCACCAAUACGAUGCCUGUUGGUUCCCCGACUUCACCUACCGUGCUGCCGCAAACUUCAAGCCACCUAUCAGCGGAAAUCGACGGCUCCUCCAGUGCGAUUGAAGUUGGCGUCGUCCUCCGGGGACAGCAGCAAGAAUCGACAAAAAUGACGCAGCACCCCGGUCACGACGCCGUAACAACGCUGGCUUUCCCACCAACGCCUAGUUCCGCUGUGCCAGAACCGUCUCCCGCCUCGGCGCAGUCCUCCGAUUCUUCAACAUCGGCGAGUAGACUUCUGGAAGGUGCGGUAGAGAAGGUCCCGCAGUUGGAUCCUGCUGAAGUCGUCGGAGGUUCCUCGACGACCAAGGGAGAGCAUGAUGAAAUCGACGACCAUGGCGUUCCUGUGCAGGAAGAUCCGAGUUCGAACCUCAUGAUGCGGGAAGAGCGGACCACGGAAAUGACCAAGAAGAAACUUUCAAGUGAUCCAACGGGAAAUGUGUCGAACGCAAGAGGGACUACAUCAACCGGAAAUCCUUCAGCAAUUGACAUUCAGUUUCAAACAAGCGCAGGAGCUGUUGGACCGUCGUUUUCGAUGGCCAAAACGCCAGGAGAAACCAGGGCGGCAGUCCGACCGCAAUCCACAACUUCCUCGGGACUUCGGGGAAACCAGCACGAGGAGCUGUUUUCAUCGGUCCCUGGAGGAAAAGUGGCACAAAUACUCGAAGAAAACGUCGCAACUCCAGGACAUCCCCCGUCGCAGUCCACUACUUGUUUCGAUAUCUUCACGGUGUAUUUGUCUGAUGUCUACCAGUUUCUAAGCGCGAUUGGCGAAUACUUUUGCAAUCAAGUCAGGAACUUCUGCACGUCCUUUCUGGUCUUCCUCCGCUUCGAUCACCGCUUCGAAGAGGGUCAUCGGAUGCUGUUGUUUCUGAUCGUGGCCGUGACCGCCUGUUUGAUCGCUGGCUACCUGUUGAGCAGAUGGUGGAGGCGACGCAAGGAACUCGAACUGCAAGCAUUGGAGAAGGCAGUGCGCGACAUCGAGAACAACCUGGGCAGCGCCGGUAUUAUGAAACGUUUGUGGGAGGUUUUUUUCACUGACCAGCCACCGAUGUAAUUCUUGAAAUCAAUCUCCUGACUACGUACUGUAAAAAAGUGGGCAAGAAGAAAAAAUUUGGUUGCCCGGCCUUAGUGAAAGGAGCCCAGUUUUUCUGUCCACAACCAAUGACGACUCUGCAGGUGCAUCCGAAGACCACCGCGCAGAGGAAAGCAACCUGCAAUUACCGCACGCAGACAGCAAGCUCGUCGCGAAUCUCUUGAUCUUGGACCACGAAAUCCUCGCGGCCGCACGGCCGGCGGCGGAAAACGAGAUGAGACCAGCAAACCGCUUGAUAAACGGCAUUACCGAUGGCGCGGUGAAAAUUCUGGAGUACGGAACCUUCGUGAAGUAUCCUAAGGAAAUUUCGAGCCGGAGAUACCAAGUCAAUGCGAAACUGGUCAUUUCUCAUGGCAACUGCAGUUUGGCAACGUAGUGAGUGAGGCUUAAGUCUGACUUCAACCGCACUCACUACGUUGGAGUGAUUGUCACUCUAAAGAAGGUUUUGUCGAUUGAAAAGUCGCAUUUCCAAUUGUCGAAUCGCCGUCAGACAGAGCUAUUACAAUGAUGAAUCUACGAGCAAGCCAUAUCCUCCUUGUGAUGCAGCUUGUGCUAUUGCGCUGAUGUUCGGCUUGAAAAAAUUUCGUUCGCAUAGCAAAGAGACGUCGAUGCGGCUCAACAUUUGGAAUAUGCAAAAAAGAAGAUCCUGAUUCUUGACUGGCACACUCGACUUUAGGGUUAUGCAUCCGGAUGAAAACAAGGAUCGUCAGGAAGGACGGUCAAAAAUGCAGUAUUCUUACAACUUUUUUUGCUCAUCUCCAUCGGCGUGGUCAGCGCGACCGUCUUCCUAAGUCUUAAAAAAAGUCGAGCGUGAAUGUCAGUCGUGGAUCUUCUUUCUGUGGCAUAUGGGAAAGAAACUGGGGUCUCGGGCCGGCGGAUUGGGAAGAUGAAGCUGACGAAUCGGAGGACGAGGAGGGCUUCUAAGAUUUGUUACAAGUGAACAAGAGGGAGCAGAACUGGUAUCGCUGUUUUUGUGUAAACGAUGUUGCAUUCAGAUUGAGAAUAAGUAUGUGUCUAUUUUCCAAAAGGCAUGAAAAGGAACAGCAUGAAUUAAAAAACCAUAAUUGGUCAGUUUUUUUUACUCACAGGUCCUGGGACAUCAAGCAUCAGUUGCCGCUCAAAAGUGCUUCAAUUGCCAGAAACUGAUCGACUCGUUGUAGCACUCUGAGAAAAGAAGAUAUCACGGCGAGCACUUAUUUCUACACUACACGACUUGUGUGAUCGGCUAGCGUUAGCGUCGCCGCUGGGCCGCACUUUCCGUUACAAGGCCUAGAGCAGCAGUUUCGGAGUUCGGCGAGCUACUACUCUAAGAUAAUCCUGCGUAAAUAAUUGUUGUCGUGUAUGAUUAAGGAGGUACAUAGUGCCAAAAAUUAACCCCCCCGGCUGAUGGCUUUAGCCAGCGCGCGCGCUGGCUUUAGCCACAAAAGUGCUGGCUAAAUUUGAUCGAUUUCGGCCUUUGAAGCAUUGAACUCGAUGAAAUUUAGCCAGAGCUCUUUACCAUAGUGAAGUUACUCGCGGGCGCGCCUGGAGGUCUUGUGGAGGGACCAUGUCUGUAGGUGUGAUAGCAGAAGCCACCGCCUGUUGCUCGAUUUCUGGCAACCCACCCGAGGCUCUCUUGUGUUUCUUGUGGCGUUGGAGAGAGGCGGUGGAGGGCGGGGGGCGCCCUCUUGGGGGGGAGGGGGCGUGCGAAAGUGGCGCCGGAUUUCUUGGGCCGCCGGCCUGGGCAUCGUUCGAUCGGGACGGCCGGACUGCGCGCUCCCACUCUUGGUUAGGAGAGUCCGCGGGAAGAGCAUGCGCGCAUUGUGUGUUCCUGCUUCCUGGGGCACCGAUUUUGCUUUGGGCGCUGGCCCGGUGCAGCCCGCUGGCCUUGUUCCAAGGCGGAAGGCGGCUGGCCGCCCGGCAGGAAAACGUAACGCCCGGCAUGCAAGAAAGCGGGCGCGGCGCCGAGGGGACUCGCCGGCCUCCCCCGCAAUGAAUGGGCCAGCCGGGCCUUUCCUUGCUUUGUGCCCGCGCGCGCGGCGCGCCCGCUGCCGCUGCCGCUGAUGAAGGUGGCGCGCCUGCAUCCCCCUUGCUCCUUGGGCGCCUGUUUUAUUUUGUGGUCGCAGUUUCUUUUUGCUGGGUCCGCGCUCCGCUUGCUGGGAGGGGGGGCGGCGCCCGCCAGCGGCCGCCCAAAUUAUUUUGUCGGUCUGGGCGGAUUGCGGUUGCUGCCCUGGUGGGGACGCCCGCUCGCCGUCGGCGCCCGGGCGUAGCAAGCUGCCCCAUGGAAGACAGCGACGGGGCCCGCCACCGCCUUUUGCUUUGCUUUUUUACCUUCCAUCCCGCCCCACCGUUGGUGUUGCGCGCCACCCGAGCGCCGCUUUGUUUGCAUUGUUGCGUGCAUGGCGCCGCCUACCCUGCUCGAUGGAUGGAUAUUUUAUGUGGGCUGGUUCUGCGUCGCGCGCUUCGGCUGCUGCUGGCCAGGCCUGUGUGCAUGGGAGGACGCCGAUUGCAAUUGCCUUCGCCCCCGCGCGUUCGUCCCUUGUUCGCCCAGCCCGGUUUUUUUUUGCCGACCCGGCGACCGCAGCCACAUUGACUCACGCGAGGGAGCGGCCGGGGCUUGGUGGUGGCGGGCCCGCUGGUUGAAAGACUGGCGCCGCCUCCGCGCGGCGGCCUUUAUUUCUGGCAGCGAGCCCGCCGGCGGCUGGGCCGGGCGGCCUCGCCUCGGCCUUGCAAGCAACCGCUAGGGCACCGCGCCGGACCGCCGGGGGCAACCGAUGGGAGCCAGGCACCCACGCUGGCCCCGGAUUGGCAAGCAAAGCCCCCUGGCGCCCGGGGCCGUCCGCCUGCCCCCGGCAGUGAAUGCGUGGCCCCAGGCUUGUUCAGGUGCCGCGCACGCCGGCGCGCGGGUGGCGCCCGCCGGAGGCCCUGUGCGGCCUGCGUUCUCCCUUGACUUUGGAGGACUCAGCAGCAGGAGCCCACCUGCGCGCGCGCGCCGGGCGGGCCGGCCUGCAGGUUCGACCCACGCCACCGGGCCGAGGGCCGCCCCAACCGGGUAGAACGCGCGUUCUUCGGGGGCCGGCGGCCCGUAUGUUGCGCGCUUCCUUUGGGGCUUGGUGCCUUUUUGUUCCCUCCGACCGGGCCCCGUGCCACCGAACGAUGCCCGCCCGCAGCAGGGCAGCUACGCGACUUGCGCGGGGAGGCCGCCUGCCUGUGUGCCCCCCCAGCCUUUGCUUCCUUGGGGCCAGCGAACAGAUGGAAGCGGCGCCCGGCGCUGUUGCGCGGCAGCGCAACGGCUGGGCCCGCAUGUCCUCGCCUGCUUGCUUUGCGGGCGCUUGCUUCGGACGGCCUUUGUCCUGGCACCGACGGACAGGGCCUGCUGGGACGCGCACUGGGCCGAUGGCGCGUUUAUGUUUCGCCACCCGCGCCCCGCGGGCGGGCCCAGGUUUCUUACUUUUGGCGACCUGGCCCGCAUGCCGGCCCCGGCUCUUUCUGCCUUUGCUCUUUGAACUUUUACACCUCCGGGACCGGUCCCCAUUCCGCUGGCGUUCCGCCGGCUUCCGCGGUGCCGCCGGUGGCUUUCAGCCGCCGGAAGGCUUCCGGAAGCCUUAUGGAACUCCGGACCCCUUAUGGAUGCUACAAGCCGCGCCCUGCGGGUGUUUUGCGGCUCCCGGGCGGCGGCCCCGGCCGCGGGUUUUUUAGUUUUUGGCGACCGCCCCUUCUCCCGCUUCGCGUCUUGCGCUCCGCCUUUUUCGGGGGCCGCCCGCCCCUGUGUGAAAGCAUCUAGGCGCCCGGCCGGCGGACGCGUGGCGCCAGCCGGCGGGCGUUUUGUGUGUGCCUUUGGGGGCUUGGGGGCGGGGCGCCGGGGAGGCAUGCAACUACUUGCGCCGCAGAGGGGGCGCGCCCGCCGGCCCGCGCGCGCGCACCGCGCCGGCUUCCCUUUUUCCAUCCGCCCAACCAUCCAUCCGCCCUCCCUACCACCCUUGCGCCCGCCCAAUCCCAUACCCGGGGGAAAACAGGCCCGCUGCCGUUGCCAGUCCGGGUGGGCGAUUGCCUGGGGGCUGGGGGCCCCGACUACCGUCGGCCCGUUCGCGAGUCGAGGGCGGGUUGUCGCCCUGAAGCAUCAUUGACGCCCAUUGUUUUCCCGCGGCCGCCCUCGCCGCCCCGCCCGUGCGGCCCGGCCGGCCCUCCGACCUGCGUGCGGCUUUCCUUCCCAGGGUUGGCUGGGUAUGCCUGCCCCCCCCCCAAGGGGAUGCAGGGUCCCCCGCCGGCGGGCUGACCCCCGCCCGGCCGCGCCUUUUGUUUCUUGGCGGGUAGGAGGUUGGAUGGGUGGCCCACCGCAAAUUUUGGGCGCCGGCCCUUCCCGGGCGGCCGGUCGCUUCAGGGGAAUGCCGUAUCCGCUGGCGGGCCCGAGUCUGUGUUGCCCGUCUCGCCCCGCAGCGCGCCCGUGCCUGGCUGGCCAGCAGGCCGGCCCGCCUUUCUACCACCCUUAGCUACGGCGGGCCGGCGGGUAGGCUCGCUUUGGGCCAGGGGGCUGCAUGGUGUGGAAGGGCGCAAGUAUAGGGAUUACCCGGGCGACCUGCGCUUGAUUCGGCCGCCGCGGCCCUCGGUUCGUUCGUUGGGAAGUCUAUCGGCCGGCGCGCCGCCUGCGUUCGUUCUAUCUCGUUAUUUGGAUUGCAAGCAUGGCCAAAGCCUCACGCAUGGGGCCGGCCGGGGCCCCGCCUGCCUCCCUCGCUGGCAUAAUUUAAUUGGGGCGCGCGCCAGCUUCUGUCGGCCCGCUUGGUGCGUUCCGAUUUCCCGCGCUGCGCUUGCGGGGCGGGUAAGUGCUUCGGGCGGCCCACCUGGUUCCCGGGGAGAAGGGGGUGGCCGUGGUGGAACGCGUUGGCCGGGCCGACGCCGGGCAUCUGUGUGCAUUGCCCGCAGUGAGCUGCGCCCGGGCAUAGCCCAUUGAUUGGCCCGCGCCCGCAACCGGUUUGCGGUUGGCAGGUUUCGUUCUAUCCAGUAUGGCUGGCGCUCUCCGCCGGGCGUGCGGGUCGCCCGGCCCUGGCCCUGGGGAUAGAAGGACGGGCGCGGAAAAAGCAUGGGUGCCCAGCAGGCCCGGCCAAUCAACCCCGUCGCCGGCCAGUGGAAUUCCCGCUGCGCCCCCGGCAAUCUCAGCCCCCCCUUCGCCGCUGGUGCGCGGGGGGUGGUAAAGAGCGCCCGGGUUUUUGUUUUGAAAAAGCCGCGAGGCUCUUGCCGCGAGCGUCAGGUCGGGCGGCCUCCGGAUGGGAUGCUCACUCUUAGGUGGCAUCGGCCGAUGGUCGCGCGCUGCUUGGCGGACAGUUGCUACAGGGCUUGCGGCGUCCUUUUUUUCUUGCUGGCCCCCUGCUGUGCGCCGCUGUUUGCGGCGUUUUCAUUGUCCGGAGGCUUGCCGGCGCGUGAUCGUGACAUCAAGAAGGAAACACGCCGCGACCCCCCGCCGCAGGCGUUGCGCCGUGCGUGUGGCGUCACGCUGCGCCCGCGCUGCUCCGAUUUUGUUUGGAGUUUUUCCCCCCGCCGGCAUUGGGGUCGCCAACAGGCGACAUGCGCUGUGUGGUCCGUGCCCUUUCCCGGUAAAAGCCUCCGAAGAGCCUCGCGGAGGUUUGGCGCGGAUGGUUUUCAUGGUCGACAUGCCGGCGCGCCUCCUCUCUUCGUCCUGCACGCCUUUGUCGGUUUGACAACUCCGCGCCCACAAUCUGGCGCCCAUCGGGCGAUGUAUUUGGGGUCGGAUCUCGUUCUCGGUGCCUCGGACGAACAACAAGCGGGCGCCCUUUGGCGCAUUGGUUUUUUAGGGUCGUUCUUGGCUAAAGCCAUUGACUGCGCUGGCUAAAGCCAUCCGGCGGGGGGGUUAAUUUUUGCCAAAUGUACCUUCAUAUGUAUGAUCAUGUAUGUAGAUGUACAAACCAAAAACAAAAAGAACCAAAAAAUUCGGUUUCUAGAUGAAAUACUCUCACUCCACUAAAGACCCAGCGCGAUGUAUAUCAACUGUAAAAAUGUCUGGGUCUGGAAGGUUACCAGGUUUGUCAUGCAUAUUUUGCAUGACUCAGGAUGUCUGUAAUGCAUGAUCUAGCAUGAGCAUCGCAUAUUAUAUUUCUAGAGGCCUUCCUGAUGCCUAUCCCGCAUGACAAAUGCCCUAAGCUCAGCAGCGGAUCCUCUCGGGUUGUGGCCUUUCCUCGGAGGUGGGGUUGGGCUUGGGGCGCCAGGCGAAUGGACGGCUUCGCAGCUACGUUGUGAUCGACAAACUGAGAUCGACGAUAAUAGUUGCGUUGCUGGUCCUGUGCCAGUCGCGGGGCAUGUUCGGGUGUUCCGGGCUGUGCUUUGUGCACCCCUCGGACCCCGCACCCCCCCGGGCUUUAGUCGCGCAGUCUGUUAAGCAUGACAAAUGCCCUCCCCUCGUAGCACAAACUGGGCGCCUCAUGCUGGUCAUGCAAUACAGACACUUUUAGAGUCCAAAGUUAGCAUCACAAGUUGCAUUCUUCCAGACCCAGACAUUUUUACAUUUGAUUGGUGAAGAUUAGAAAAGUUAGAAGGUAUACGGUCCGUGACUGCGAGCUAACCAGCGGCCGUAUUUAUAUUUAUUACUAAAACUAAAACAGGGCGCUACUUCUAUUCUGUAUCACUACAGUUUUGAUAUUAUAUUACUUGACAUAUUUCUCUUCAUGGAUAAAAUUUUUGUUAAUGAAAAUUUAGAUCUAGUAUUGGGAAAGCGAAGAGACGAGGAACGGGACAAAUGACAUUUUGGCCUCUGGUAUCAAGUGCAAAAGUGCCUGGGUCUCGAAGGGUGCAAGGUUUGUCAUGCACAUUUUGCAUGAGUCCUCAUGUCUGUGAUGCAUGCCCUAGCAUCACAGAUUUUGUGAGGGCUUUCUGAUGCCUAUACCGCAUGAGAAAUGCCCUCUCGCAAUGGAAAAAACUGGACCUCUUGUGCUGUUCAUGCAAUACAGAUUUUUGUAGAAUCCAGCUGCAGCGUCACAAGUUCACACCCUUCCAGACCCAGACAUAUUUGCAGUUGAUAUCUGGAGGAGAGGUUUUUGGUUAAACCUUUUUACAGCAAAAAAUUUCAUAACCGAUCUGGGACCAAGCUGUCCUCAAUUAUAAAGCACAACUCUUUACGUUUGCAGAAUUAUUUUUCGGGGUUCAAAUGCGAUGACUAUUAGUUGUUUAUGUUAUGAAUCGUAAAAGCCUUCGAUUGUUUCAGAUGAUGAGUUUCCUCACUUUUCAGAGAACUAGUUUUUCACAGGGAAAAGCACUUACGAAAAGCAUUUAAAUCGGACAGGCACCACAAGAAUGAUGACAAUAAUGAUGAUGAUGAGGCCCCGCAGCUGGGAGGAGGAGGUCCAUCAACAACAAUUUAUGAAGAUGGGAAUUUUAUUUGUUGCGAUCCGCUUCUGUAACCGACUCUUCAUCGACCACGCUGCCCCUGCACAAGCUGGAGGAGUAGCUAUUACUAUUAUGCACGCAAGGAAUUUUAAUACGAUAACUCUGAAAAGCAAAAAAUACUUGUAGUCUCGGCGUGUAAUGCAAAAACAUCUCACUUUUUCGAGUCUAAUAGGAACGAAGGAGCGACUCUUUGUUGGAAUGCUGUUGAGAUAGUAAAAAUUGAAAUUCAAAUUGAGAUGAAUCGUUGCUAGUAAUCUAUUGCGAUGCACUGCUCCAGUGCCAAAGGUC